AUGUCUCUUCGAAAACCCCACCGUCGCGCCUCGAACGACGAAGAUGAGUACGACCAACAGCACGAUGCGCAACGACAUCAACCAAAUCAUGGACCGAACUUCCCUCACGAUCCCACCGGGAACCAUUUCUGCCUCCAUUGUCACAAAGCCAAUGCGCGGGAGUCCAAGCAGAGGCUAUGGAACAAGAUCGCUGAAACGGAAAGAUUACUCAAAAACACAAAGGAUGACCGAGGCACGAUGAGAAAGGAUCCACCUCUUACAGUCGAUGAGUCCCGAACAAUGGAACAACCAGAACCACCUGGAGCAGCGGAAGGGUUACGGGGAGUGGAGUCCGAUGAACGACGGCAGCGAGUUAGCGAGCAAGAAAGGAAAAACGAGGAAAUGAAAUACGAGCUGGUGCAAAAAGGCAACGAGCUGCAGUUGGCCAAGCGGGAACUCCUGCAGGCCGAGGAAAAGGCGCAGGGGCUACUGCAGAUUAUAGAGAGGAACGAAGUGGGCGAGGGGAUGGCCAAGCUUCUUCAGAAACAAUACUCACAGAACCGUCAGCUACAGAACAAAGUCGACAGUCUCUCCUGUGAGAUGAAGUUAAAGGCAUUGGAGACAAAGGAGUUGGAACGGAGGCUGUUGGAGGAAUAUGCCCAACAUGAGUGGGUGUACAAGUAUGUUGGUUCCCUUGAACUGCGGGGGAGAGUGGCAGACCGUGUUUGA